AACGAAGAAGAGACAAAGACGACGGCUGGGAUGCGAAUCUGAGGGCGACCGAGUCCCUCCUGCUCUCCUAUCUUCGCGUGUCCUACCCUGACAGCCGAAACUUCCCCCUUUCUGAGCUUUCGACUUAGUGACCGGCCAGGCAUCAUGUUCGAGCGUCGAGCAGCAGACCGCUACCGCCUGCACCGCCAUCGCGCGCGGUCCGUCGUCCUCACGCCGGAGGAGAUGGUCGAGGUGCGCGCCGCCCAGCGGACGUUCGAAGGAGCCUACAUCCGCACUUCGAUCUCACAGUUCUCCUUUGCCCUGAUCAUCCUUAAGAUCUUCACGGCCGAGUUCUACAGCAUCGGAGCACUGUUUGCUGUCUACGGAGCCGGCGUGAUGACCAUCGGCCUGUUCAGGAGGCAGCAGGGCAACAGGCAGUUCUUCUCCGAGGUCGACGAGGACGGCGUGCAGCGACGGAAGUUCAGGACAAGCGGGAACGUCGUGGUCGUGCUGACCGCGCUGAGCAUCGCGGCGUAUGUGUGUUUGCUUGCCUUGACGCUGAACCUGGACGUGUAACUCGCUGUGACCGCUACUCUUCUGACGCGGCGAUCGAAUUCGAUCGAUCCGCGGCUUCACCAUCUUACGAUAUCGACUACUUUAUUUUCGGGAUUAUCAUCUAUACUCUCACCUUCUUUCUACCGUGGAGUGGGACGGGUCUUCCGUGCGUAUUAUUUGGUACAGGUACGGGGUUGGACGGCACGGCGUUGUUGGAGCGGAUAUAGAGAUGCACAUGGGCCGCGGAGGAUGAGGAUGCACAGGAGAGAGUCAUCAUUCCUCAGCCAGGCCAAGGACUCCGAGUCAGGCGGACUGGAUGUCCUACCCAUCAGGCUGUGUGGCAGGGCGGAACCGCCUGGCGAUCUUCCCGGCUUCCUGGCUCCGAGUAGCUUCUUGUUGCGCCCGCCUCAUAACUCCAGGAAAUAUGUCUG